AUGGACCUGACUUCGCCGAGCUCGCGUCUACGAUCCACCAGCUGCCCUGGUGCUUUUUAUUGUGCUGAUGCGCCAUUCAAGCAGAAACAAAAUUGCCGACAGCGAAGAUACUCGGAAGCUUCUCUACGCCUCACAAAGACUGGCCAGUAUGGCCUUCGCAAGGCUGUUCUGGGUAUCCUGAUGAACCGACUGAGUGAAGGCGGGGUGGAUGUUCAACAUUUGGAUCCCGCAUUGCUCAACCACUGCCUGCCAAAGGAUUGCAAUAAUACCGACUGGGAGAUGAUGAUACACACCCCACUCAAGGCCCCAGACCAUGUUGUAUCGAGAGCGCUUGAUCUGCGACUUGCUGAAAACACAGAGCUAAAGUUGAAGGGAGAACAAAGAUCCGUCCUGUAUGUGCGGUCCUUUCAACUGAGCAAAAAGCAACUCUGCGAUGUGAUCACACAAUUCAGCCAAGCUAGGCCAGAGGCAGCAACCACUGCAACAUGGUCAGAAUGCCUCGAACUCCUGAAACCCAAUGACAGCGUCUACAUCCGAUAUGUGGGUAGGACUGAAAGAUCUGCUCUGCUACGCCACCGACAUGAUAUUGCACUCAAAUCAAUUAAGAGUGGAUUUCUCGCAAAGUUUCUCGAAGCCUUGAAAAGAACCCAUCCAUCAGUGAUUGAUACCGCGACGAUAUACGAGCUUCCGGGUAUUUGCCUACGGCAAUUCUGCGAGUCAAAGGAGCAAAUAUUGAUUGCACUUCUCGGCUUACCGUCGUUGGUGAACCAAAGGUUGUGCGAGACCCGUUCAUUCGUACCGACAAAGUCACACCAAAGCGCCUUCGUCAGUCUGGAAACGGAUACAUUCUUGGCACUAAGCUCAUCAAAGCUCCAGCCUGUGAGUCAAGGGCUUAUUGUAGCCUGGGCAACAAAGAUCCAAGAAUACACCAGAGCCCACAAGCUUUCAGUCAGUCGUUCCACAAGGCAGGCACUAGAGUUUUCAGACGCCCUACGUUUGGCCAUAACUAGACAAGCCCAGGCAUCCAUGAUCAACGGAAAGUUCGUCGUUUGUUUGACAAUUGGGGCUGAGAUGAGCCUUGAGGCUUGGAGAAACGCCGGCGAGUUUUUCUCUGGAACUAGUGAUUCUGCUCGUCGUAUGAGUGAUCACCUGAGAAGGCUAUGGAGCUGGGAAACCGGGAAACCGGUUAACGACGAGCAUUUGAAAUUGUUGAUCUCUGCGGGCUUACUGCCAUUCAUCAAUCUUUCUCCAUGGUUGAAAGUAGAAGGGAAGGAUCUUCAACAAGCGAUCAGGUUCGCGAAAGACUAUGUUGUACUCACCAAGCCUAUGAUAAUCCUCACUCUCGGAGCCAGGGCUUCCUCAAGUGCCGCCUCCGGGUUUAAUCAUCCUUUCGGAUACCCUGCAUCCCAAAAAUUGGACGACAGGGUCGGAAAACUCGACUUGGUUGAUUGCGAAGGUGUUCUUUCCAUCCAAAUCUCAAGUUUUCAUCCAGGCAAAGGACGAUAUUGCCGAAAUCCUGCCACAUUCAACGAGGUGUUCAACGUAACUCUCUGGAUUUUCUUAUUCACCAUUAAUGUAUGCCUCAAGUCGAGCGAGCUGUUUCAGAACCACACGCGCAAGAACUGGUGCCGGCACAUCAAGGCUACAGUCGACGAUAAGCUUCACAAAAGUGGAACUUAUGACUUGCUCAAUUCAAUGAAAGAAAAGCUUCGAUCCGAAGGACCAGGUUCUCGAUCUCUUCUUUCGCCCCAAAAAUGCAUAGAGAGUCUGACAAAAACCACAACUGAUCGAUUCCUAUUCAUUGGAUUUGCUCUUGGCUCCCCUAUGUCGCCUCAGCGCAAGCAGCAAGCUCGUGAACUAUGGGAUCUAAACAUACCCGAAUUACAUGACCACAUCACCCGCGAGAACAGAAUUGGCUGGUGGACGUGGGCAUGUGAACUCGAAGAAGGUACAUCGUUUUUUGCUCAUGCUUCUGUAAGCGGUAUGAUAAAGACUGCUGGGGCUUUGAAGAAUGCAUUCAGUUCUCUUAAAAUUCAAAGCUCCAGAUUAUUGCAGGCAUUCCCCCAAGGGAUAUCAUAUGCCCCUUUGUCAAUGCAUCAAAGCGAAAAUUCCGAAGACAUGUUGCUAUUGAAUCGUCCAUCCUCCAGAAUUCCGAAAGGAAUGACUCUUCAAGUGGCGGUGGGCUUGAUAACAUCCGCCAUGCUUGAUAAGCUGCGGCCGUCGCAGGUGGCAGAGGCACAUAGAAAGACCAAAGGGAAGAUUGUUCCCCAGUUCCUUCAACAUUUGAACGGAAGCGAGGUCUAUGCCUGGAGCAAUGGGGGAGUCGCAAUUUAUUGGAAGAGUGGCCGCGGUGAGAACGUUACGUUUAACCUGCAUAUUCCACUAUCAAGCUUAGAUCUUGGUCUUACAGCCCAGAGGUUCAUCUUUUUUACGCCUCAUGGCAUUGACUUACAGGACGAGACCGGAACACCGUAUCGAACCCAACAGGGAACUUUAGGACAUCGGAACUUGGCGACAGUUCCGGUAUGCAGACUAAAUGACUGCCAAGAUGACAGCACCAUGGGACCGCGACUUGUUGAACUUUGGGAACAAGAGACCAACUUAUGCUGGGAAGUGACAAUUGGAAACAUGGCCCUCACACAGAAUAAUCAAACACCAAUAGCAGCAAGGUACUUUCAUGGGUCGAGUUUAGGGCUGGUGCAUCUGGGAUGGAAGAAAGCUAGUCUGCUUCAGCCUUAUGAGAACACACCCCUACCUGCAGAUGCAUUAUGGCUUGUUUGGAUGUGUCUACAGAGAUAUUGGCCCAAUGGGGGAAUAUUGUUCAUUGGUGACCCUCUCAAAUGGCCACUUCGAACUGAUAACUUCUGGGCCAAAUUUCGAGAGUUUCUAGCAGGCGGAAAAUACCGAAAUCACCCUCAGUAUACGCCACUGAGUGCAUGGGCGCAUGAUAUGACGCACCCAAGAAAGACUGCCCAAUUGAAACGUAAUCUUGAAUUCCUUUGUACCAUCAUUUCCCAGAAGAAGGUCCAAUGCAGGGACCAUGCAAGAAGACGGAUCGAGAACAAGGAUGUCAAGAUCGCUGGAACAGAAUUAAGUAUCUCGACGCCGCGUUCCGAUAUUGCUUUUGUCUAG